UUGAUCGCAUAUGGUCAGUAAAGGCACGAAUCAAAUAGUAUUUUGCUGUCAGUUUUGACUCCAUGCAUUUAUGGUGUAGUCUGCGCAAAGAAUUAUGAGCAGUUGGCAAAUAUUAAAUCAGCUUUUUUUAAACACAUAUAAGGUGUUUGAUGUCACCAUGAAAGAAUCAGAGAGAAAGAGAAAAAGCACUUUUUUUUUUUUUUUUUUUUUUGAGGGAUUGAAGUAAAUGGCAAACUGAAGGAAGUGCGCUUUUGUUAGUGGUAUUUAAUGAAGGCUGCUUUUCUGGGCUUAGCCUGCUCUUAUACUCUUGAAGGAUCUUAAACAGUUUUCCUGAAACACUCAUGCGAUGCAGCGCAGAUUAGUGGCAAUCCGGUUAAAGGGACGCCUUUUAUAUACAAAUCAACUUCAAAUCACUUUUUAAGCCACUUAGAUAUACACGCCAUGGCAAAAUGCUAAUGCCCUUUUCGUUGCCAGAGCUUAAUAAGAAGAGUAGAGGUGAUUAGCUCCAAUACAAGAAUUGAUCUUCGAGAAUAGGAGGUGAUUAGUCCAAAAACCAAGAACUGUUGUCAGGAUUCGGUGUUAAGGAUGGUUAAGGGUGGAUUUAACUCAAUUUCAUGACAUUAAUCCUAGUUCUACUACUGUUAAUAGUAAUAAUAAUAAAGAUAAGAAGCAAGAUGCUCGUUCUAGGAUCAGUUUUUUCACCUGCUGUGCAUAGUGCAUAGCUGACCACCAGCACGAUAAUCCCUUAAUCUUGUAAACUUCUAAUGCCUCAAAUAUUCUGGUUUAUUCGUAUAUUCAUCAGUUCUAUGUUCAAAUCUUCUUGUAUCAUGUCAUCAUGCCUACGAUGCAGCUAGAUUAUGAAAGAAAAGAAAAGAAAGAAAAAACACUGACAGAUUGUCUAUUGAACUAAGUUAUUAUGUGCAUUAUGCAUAAUUUGUUGGCCCACUAUGUAAUUGCGUAUCACUUUCAAUGAGCCUUGACAACAACCUCUCCAUCAUGGUCAGUUAUGGGACUAAUUAUACGCACAAACUCAGACGUGUAUAGACAAACAAACGAAAUAAGUCUAUUUUCCAGUAGUGCUCUAGGCUAUCUGCAGCAACAGUCAGCAAAGCCUUCUCAUUAAGAGUGUCGGGGAAAAUGAUGAAUGUGGGCUUAAUUAAAGUGAAACGUCACUAGGGCUGCACGGUGAACUGUUGAACUGAUUCGGAGUGGGAGGAUGGGCAAACACAUGAACGCGCACACGCACCUCGCAUUGUUCAUGAAGAACCGCACGCCUGCCUGCUGCUGCCCUGCUUAUUGUAGCCUAUAUGAAUGACUUUUAGUUUAGUUUAGCUUAUACACGUUGUCUUGACAUGUCUUGUCACGAGUUCUGCAGUGCAGACAGGUCGGGUAAUAGGCCUACUUCAUAAACAAUCAGAAAUAGACUACAAGAAAAAUAGAUCAAUUAAUAAAUAGAAAGAAUGCACACACUGCAAGUAACAAGUCACAGGUUCUGGGAUCCAAUGCAUCAGCCAUGCAGCAGUUUACACACUAGAGAGGCAGUUUUGUAUUGAGCAGUGGAAAUGAUUUGUAGUAGCUUUCCAUCCAUUAAUUUAUAGCAUUUUGCUUGAUUUUAUGAGUUUCAUAAUUAUUAAUGAAUUAAUAAUUAAUCAUUUUGAUAAAUUCGAUUUUUUUCAUCAGCAAUUAAAUUUAAUCUUUACGUCAAUUUUAAAGCUGCAAUUAAAAUAGGGUUAUUUUCCGAUGGUUUAAUUAACCAAAACUGGUAUCUAUCUAUCUGUCUAUCUGUCUAUCUGUCUAUCUAUCUAUCUAUCUAUCUAUCUAUCUAUCUAUCUAUCUAUCUAUCUAUCUAUCUAUCUAUCUCAUUGUUUAUACUUGUUGUCUUAUCAGUUAUCGGUUCUUUUAAUACCGAUAAAUGGAAUAAUAUGCAAAAACAGCACCAUUACAACACCUCAAAAGAAAAAAAAACGUUAUAUUCCAAAAACAAAGGCUAAAAUAAAUUCGCUAAUUAGAUCGUAAAACUAUUUUGCAUAAAUAUUAUGGUGCAAAUACUACUAAUACUAAAAACUAUAAAAUAAACCAAAACAAAAAUGUGGUAGCUAUAAUGUAAUGUUUUGUUGUGUCAAAAAUGUAAACAAAUAGGCUACAAUAAAUUAAACGUCGGCUUUGCAUAUCAGUUGGUCACUUAGACAAAAUAAUCUAUAUAAUGUGUGUGGAUAAUAUAAAUAGAUAGACUGAAAACUAUCGUGUGACAUUGUUAGUCACGUGUUGCUCAGCGCACUUGAUUUGAAAAAGAUCCAAAUAUAGUCAAUGCCCUUGUUGUCAAUAUUGCGUCUCAAUUGAGAAAGUAGCCUAUUGGUUUAGGCUUCUACUGAAACUGAUUUAUUCAAAGCCAGAUUUAUGCCCAUUCAGCAUGCCCACUAUUGGUGGGGGUCAAGAUUAUCACAUGCAUAUUUAAGAAUAUACAAAGUUUGACUGGCCUUGCUACUUUAUUAUCGUGUUAAAAAAACAAGCGCCUCAGGCGACGUUUGCCCACCCUGACGGCGCCCCCUCCUCUCCCUCCUUCUCCUUCUCAGUGACAUACACGCUCCCGUCCCAAGCUCCAUCAAAUGCUGCUUGCUCAACUCCCCGCUCCUCACACAAACAAUUGAAGUCAUUUCCAGUUCGUCUCUAACGCGUUCCUACAGGUGUUUUAAUGUCCCGUCGAGAAAAGCUUUCAGCGCAAUGGAGUUACCCCACAGACAGUAUCUGGGACGAGUCCUGGUUGUGACUGCAGCGCUUCUGUCACCUGCGUUCACGGUACUGGGCAAUGACAUCCUUGGCCUGAAGGUGGCAGGAGAGCCAGUGCUUACCCCCAACGCAGUGUGUUUACGACUGGCAGGCCUGACCAAAAAACAGAUGCGUUUGUGUGUGCGCAGCCCUGAUGUCACAGCCUCUGCUCUGCAGGGCAUUCAGGUUGCUAUUCACGAAUGCCAACACCAGCUCAGAGACCAGCGCUGGAACUGCUCCUCCCUGGAGAACCAUGGCAAGCUGCCCCAUCAGAGUGCCAUUCUCAACAGGGGUUUCCGAGAGAGUGCCUUCUCACUGUCCUUGCUGGCUGCAGGUGUCGUGCAUUCGGUGGCUUUGGCCUGCAGCCUCGGUAAGUUGCGUGGGUGUGGCUGCGAGGCUAAACGUCACCUGGAUGAUGACAAAAUCCGGCUUAAGUUAACCCAGCUCCAGCUUCAGACUUUUCAGAGGAGUGGAGUGUCCAUAGCAGGUGCAGGGGAGAGCACACAUGACUUUGGUUCACUCCACGACAGCCUGCCGGCCAGUCUGCACUCAUCCCACCCCAUCAGUCUCCUCAAACCCAUGCCGGAUGAGGUCACGAUGCUGCAGGACACCUGGGAGUGGGGAGGAUGUAGUCAUGAUGUCCGUCUUGGUGUACGGUUCUCUAGGGAUUGGUUGGAUUCCAGAGGAUCCCCCCGUGAUAUACACGCUCGUAUGCGGAUUCAUAAUAAUAGAGUGGGCAGACAGGUAGUUACUGACAACAUGAGAAGAAAGUGCAAGUGUCAUGGCACAUCAGGCAGCUGCCAGUUCAAGACCUGCUGGUAUGUUUCUCCUGAAUUCCGGCUUGUGGGUUCACUGCUACGGGAGAAAUUUCUGACUGCCAUCUUCAUAAACUCUCAGAACAAGAACAGCGGAGUGUUCAACUCUCGAACUGGUGAGAGCACCAGCUCAGAUCAGCUCAGAGGCCGGCGGCGGAACAUUUCCCGUGAGUUAGUGUACUUCGAGAAGUCGCCCGACUUCUGUGAUCGUGAGCCAGCAGUGGAUUCGCCGGGGACGCAGGGUCGCAUCUGCAACAAGAGCAGCCCCAGCAUGGACGGUUGUGGGUCGCUGUGCUGUGGCCGCGGACACAACAUCCUCAAACAGGCACGCAGCGAACGGUGUCACUGCCGCUUCCACUGGUGCUGCUACGUGCUCUGUGAGGAGUGCAGGGUUACAGAAUGGGUUAAUGUGUGCAAGUAACCAACCCACCUUGAUCCAAAUCCUCAUUUCUUUUUUGGACCGAGAGACAACAAGUGUGUUUUGCUCUCACACAGUGUGUCUGUUUAUCCAUUUCUCUCCUUCUUUUAACCUUUAUCAUCUGGGAUCCAUUUGCAUUGUGUUGCUGUUGUUAUUCUCAAAAUGCCAAGUCAGAGAUUGAGGAGGAGGUGACUCAUGUCAUUUGUCUUUUUUUCCUCACUUUGAAUCUUCAGCCUCCAGAACCAAGUAAAUGGUCCGAACGCCAUCUGCACUCCUCCAAAUAACAGCAGGAACAAAUUAUCCUUGUGAAAUAUAGGCACUGCUACAGUCUACCUUUUUUUACAUUUAAAAAGUGCACUUAAUGUAUAUUCCUUACCUUGGCAAAAUGUUUGAAACAUCAUUCUUGAUGGUAAAAUACCAUCAAGAUUCUGAAACACUGUGUCUUUGCAGUAUUAUGAUCUUUGCCCACAUUGAUCAUGAAGAAUCAGUGGCUGUGAUAAUUGAAGGGAACAUCUCUCAGUGCCUUUUAUGAGGUUUCAUAA